AUGGCAUCCUACCUCGUCACCGGAGCAAGUCGAGGCAUUGGCCUUGAGCUCGUCAAGCAGUUGGGCAAGCUGCCAGCAGACCAAGUAUCCAUCGUGUUCGCAGCCACGCGGACCAAGGAACCCUCGGCUGGCCUGCAGCAAGUCAUCGAUGCCUCCGACGGUAAGAUCGCACAUAUCCUGCUGCCCAUCACCGACAAGGCCGGCAUUGCAGCUGCAGUGCCACAACUCGAGGCCAGGCUCGGGGACAAGGGGCUCGACGUGCUUGUCAACAACGCCGGUGUCAUGGGUUACACGCCCGGCGGCACGGCGGCGAUGACGGAUCUGCGCGAGACUUUCGAGGUCAAUGUCGAGGCCGUGCACAACACCACGGUCGCACUGCUGCCGCUGGUCCAGAAAUCGAAGCUGAAGAAGGUCAUCAAUAUAUCGACCACGAUGGGUUCCAUGGCCCUGGCUGCAAACUACAAAUUCGCACCUACCCCGGCGUACAAGAUCACCAAAGCGGCGCUGAAUAUGUUGACUGUACAGUAUGCGCAGGACUUUGCUCAGCAAGGUGUCACGUUCCUCGCGGUCUCUCCAGGUUGGUUGAAGACGGACCUAGGCAGUCAAAUGGCGGAUUUGGAAGUCGACGUAGGAGUCAAGGAGGUCGUGAGAAUCAUCCAAGAGAACGGCAUCGAGUCGAGUGGAAAGUUCUUGAAUAUCCGUGUUCCUGGGUGGGAGAACAAAGUUCCAAAUGCCUACGAUGGGAAAUCCAGUCCUUGGUAG